AUGGCACAAAACGAUUUCAUUGCGGCGCUUCAGGGUCCAGUAGAUUCAAUAAUUAAAUCAUUUAAUGAUUUACGUGAUAAGCCAUUAGCUAAAGAACAUUGCCAGAAGUGUUAUCAAGUGUGCGCAGAUACAAUUGAUUACUUCAAUGAGAUCUUACACGAUCCACAAAUAAAUGUUCAAGUCAGAAGAAGUGUACGUGCAAAUAUUGUACUUUUAUACUGGUAUGCUGAUCAAUUUACACAAUUGAGUGGGGAAGUAACUGGUGGAUGCGUGGUGAAUCAAGCUCAUACUGAUCUUCGUGCUUUUCUUGAUGAUGCUCAAGACCUUGUAACUGAAAAAGUUGAAAAUAUGCUCAGAGAUGUUGCUGGGCUUAAAGUAAAUGUUGAAUUGAUUUGCAAAUUUCAAAAUGUAAAAGCUGAUAAUGUCAUCGAAGAAACAAAGUCAUUCAACACAAAGAGCCGAGACAUUUUACCCGCAACAUCUCUUGCUACUUGGUACAAAGAUCAUGUUAAUGAUAAAUUAUUAAAAAAAGUCGAGGAAUUUAAUCAAAAAGACUCAGGGUGGAGUUUAACUGAAAUCCACAGUUUAAUCAUUACAAUGUCGAGAUAUGCGCCUCUUCAAGCUGGAGAUUCAACGUUUGUGAAGCUACCCGAGGACAUCCUAGCGAAAAAAGCAGUUUUAAAUAUUCAAAAUUUUGAUGAACACUGUUUUUUAUGGAGCGUUGUUGCAGCAUUAUAUCCUGCUAGUAAUGGUCAUUCUGAGAGAAAAACAUCAUAUCCUCACUUCAGCUCUAUAUUAAAAUAUGAAGGUAUAAAAUUUCCAAUCACUUUAAAUGAUAUCCCAAAAUUUGAAAAAUUAAAUGAUUUACCAAUCAAUGUCUAUGGGAUUGAGUCAGAAUUUUGUAAUAAAAAAUCUGAAAAAAGUACAGUAAUUCCUCUGUAUCUAAGUAAGCUCAUAAAGUCUGAUAAAAAAUUGGAAAAAUUAGCAAUUGAAUACGAAAGAUAUUUAAAAAAUCCUAUACCAAUGAAACCACUCACCAAACAACAGCAAGAGACACAUGAUCAGGCAACCGUUUGUCAUAUUUGUGAAAAAACGAUCACUACAAAUACCGACAAGUGUUAUGAUCACUGUCAUUUCACUGGUAAUUAUCGCGGCCCAGCACAUAUAUCUUGUAAUGUUAAUUAUCCCAAGUCACAUGUUAUUCCCAUAGUCUUUCACAAUUUAUCCGGCUAUGAUUCACAUUUUUUAAUUAAAAGUCUAGCUACAUUAAUUAAAGCUGAUGUAACUUUACUACCAAUUAAUAAAGAAAAAUAUAUAUCUUUCACAAAAUCAAUAGAAAAUACUUCAGUGUCAUUACGCUUCAUAGACUCAUUCAGAUUUAUGGCAUCCAGCCUUGAAAAAUUAGCUUCAAAUCUUGGUGAUGAUGAAAAGCUUAUAACGAAACUUCACUAUUCCGACCCAGAUGAAUUUAAAUUAGUUACACGCAAAGGUAUAUUUCCUUAUGAAUAUAUUUCCAGCAUUGAUAAACUUAAUGACAAGCAAUUGCCUGAUCAAGUAUCAUUUUUUUCAAAAUUAACAAAUGAAAGUGUCUCUGAUGAGGAUUAUUUCUUUGCUCAGCUAGUCUGGAACAAAUUUAACAUCAACACACUAGGAGAGUACUCAGAUUUAUAUCUUAAAACUGAUGUACUUCUUCUAGCAGAUGUAUUUGAAAAUUUUAGACGUAGCUGCUUUGAAACUUACAGUUUAGAUCCGUUACAUUACUAUACUGCUCCCGGUCUGUCUAAUGAUGCAAUGCUAAAAUACACUGGUGUGGAACUUCAGCUUUUAACUGAUCCUGAAAUGGUUCUUUUUAUUGAAAAAGGCAUCAGGGGUGGGGUAUCUCAGUGUACAAACCGAUAUGCUGCUGCUAAUAAUCGGUACAUGGGUGAGGACUUUGAUCCAAGCAAAGCUGAAUCAUACUUGAUGUACUAUGAUGUAAAUAAUUUAUACGGCGCAGCUAUGAGUAUGUCACUGCCGACAGGUUCAUUUGAGUGGGUUGAAAAUGUAGAUGAUGAUGCAAAUAAAUUUUUAAAUGAUAAUGAUGAUAGUGUAAGAUACAUUUUGGAAGUAGACUUAAGUUAUCCAGAAAAUUUACAUGAACUUCACAAGGACUUACCCUUGUGUCCUGAGCACUUUGUUCCGCCAGGAUCCAAACACUCAAAAUUAUCGACAACUUUAAAAUUAGCAAAAAACGAAUUUGAAAAAAAUUUUUAUAAACUGAUGAACAACGCUGUAUUUGGUAAGACUAUAGAAAAUGUAAGAAAGCACAAAGAUGUACAAUUAAAAACCGAAUGGGAGGGUAGAUUUGGUGUCAAAGAAUUGAUAUGUAAACCAAAUUUCCACAGUCUUACUAUGUUUGAUAAAGAUCCCCUCGCGGUUUUCAUGAUACGGUUUGAACACUGUAUUAAAAGAGCAUACACGUAG